AUGGAUCUCUGCACGGCCUUCUGCUCGCUGGGUUGGGACAUCGUGGGCAACGCCACGGUGCUCUUGUGCGACGACGCCCCCAACACCUCAGCGGGGUACACGGAGGUCGUGCCCAACACUGCCAUCUCGUCCCCUGCGGUGCAGUCGGCCGGCCCCACCUGCGAUCCCCGGCCCUGCACGGCGGGCAUCCCGAACCUCCUGGGGGCCACUAGCGACUGCGCUGGCAAGGCGGUUGCUUCGAAUCCGCUCGUGUGCGUGAUGGUGGAUCGAGUCAUGGAGGGGAGCCAUAGGGGCCCACAGCAGAAGAGUGAGAGCUACAAAGACUGA